AUGGAAGCUACAAAUGAAGAGGAGAUGAAGCUGAGGCAUGUGGAGUUGGAUGUCCUUAUUCCAAAAAUGAUGCGAGAGAAAGCUCGGGUGCGAUGUGCAGAGCAUGUGGAAGCUUUCACUCAUUGCUGUAAAGAAUCAGGGUUUUUUAUGGUGUUCAAAUGUCGGGAGGAAAACGCAGCCUUAAAAGAUUGUCUCGUUAAACACUAUCAAGACCCUGUCUUUUUUGAAGAAUGCAAGAAGGAAUAUAUCCAGGAGAAGUUGGAAUUUGAACGGACUGGGGUUGCAACCAAGCACAGGAAACAAAAACUGCCUGUCAGCAUGUGA